CGGGGCGGAAGUGCUGAUUGAAAGUGCGCAGUAAAGAUGGUGGCCGGGAUGAAGUGGACUGUCGCCGUGUUGGUGCUCGGGCUCCUGCUCUGGGCCGGGCUGGCCAGUGCCAUUCCCGGCGGGCUCGAGCCGGCGGAUGUGAACUCGGAGGAGGUGCAGGAGGCGGCUCGCUUCGCGCUUGGCGUCUACAACAGGGGCACGAACGAUAUCUACCUGAGCAAGAUCGUCGAAGUCCUCUCGGCCGAAUCUCAGUUGGUGCAGGGGAUGCUGUACCACGUGAGGAUGGCGCUGCGUCGGACUAACUGCAGGAAGGCAGCAGGACAAAAUGUUGACCUUGAGAGCUGCAGCUUCCAGGAGGAUCAGCGGAAUGGCGCGACGGUAGUCUGUACAUUUGAAGUCUGGGAUCAGCCAUGGAUUUCUCAAAAGGAGGUGAGAGCUUCCCGCUGCGUACUCUGAACUCCAGAACAGAAGAAUGCUUCGCAAAAUGCACUAAUAUGAAAUCGCCGUCUCAAAUCUGAGGGAGUCGAGAGUGUCUCUGCAAUAGAUGUCUGUUCUGACACGUCACCUGCAUCCGGGCAGACACCAUGUAAUAUUAAACAGUUCUGUCUCCUUCAGGGGAAAUUUUGCUGCAACUAACAUACAGUUAGUUAUAUCAACUGCUUCCAGCUUUGUUUCAAGCUCUUUGAGCAGUGCUGAUCUAACAACGUGACAGUGUACUAAAUUUGGGCAGAUGGAGUCUCCUCUGGGGCUCAACAUCUUCCACUGCUGCUUGCUCAGUAGCUGUCCAUGUGUAAGCACACAACUGUUACAUUAUUAUAUUAGUUACACAAAUAAACUCACUUCUGAAUAUUUCAAAUGCA